GUAUUUUUCGUUUCCUUGUAAACUUACAAUUUCCUUAAUCUUCAAUUAUAUUUAUUUAAUACAAUAUCAUUCACUUUAUUUUUUAAUUUUCAAAAAUGUCUAAACAAGAGUUUAUUCAGUGGAUUUGUGAUAAACUUACUACUUUAUUACAGUUUGAAGUACAAAAUGACAUGGCUGAGUACAUAAUUUCCAUGCAGUCAGAAAAAGACAUUGAUGGAUACUGUAAUUCAUUAUUAGAUAUCAAAUCUCAAAUUCAUAAACAAUUCUUAAUAGAUUUAAAAAAAAAACAUAGAAUUUUCAACCAAAAACCAACAUCUAGUGUUCAGAAUACACACCCUCCUAAGCAAAACACAAAAUCCUCUGUAAAAGAAGAUCCACAAAAAACAAACACAAAUACUAAUCAAAAGAAAAAAGAAUCUAAAUCAAAAAAUAAAAAAUAUGUGAACAUUUAUACAGAUGAAGGUGUUAAUCGACAAGAGGUGUUUUUAGAAGGUCGUCAUAAAUGUGAUUGUCAAGCAUCUAGACAUGGUUUAGUAAAUAACUGUUUGGACUGUGGUCGAAUUGUAUGCAAACAAGAAGGAUCUGGUCCAUGCGCUGUAUGUGGUAAAUUGGUUUGUUCAGAUGAAGAGAAACUCUUAUUGAAAUGCAAUAAUAAUAAAUCAAAACAAUUAUAUAACCAAUUAAUUGAACAAACUGUUACUUCGGCUGCAGACAAUAAAGCUCUGGAACAUCGAAAUAAGCUACUAGAGUUUGAUCGUACCAGUGCUAAGCGUACCAAUGUAAUAGAUGAUCAAAUGGAUUAUUAUUCAGUUAAUAGUGGUUGGUUAUCAUCUAAGCAACGAGAACAAUUACAAAAGAAAGAAGAAGAACGCCAAGAAAAGAAACACGGGUCAAGAAAAACAAAAAAAAUUACUAUUGAUUUUGCCGGUAGAAAAGUUUAUGAAGACAAUGAAUCCGAUGCCGAAGAUGAUAUUGAUGUAGAGUCUGAUGGUGAAGGGACACUUCCAACUGUGAUCAAUGAACAUCUAAACAACCCAUUGAUAAAAAUGGAUAUAAAGUUUAAUGAUGAUGCUAUAAAAAAAAUUAAAAGACACACCAUUGAUCUUCAAAAGCCUCUCAUACAAAAUAACCCAGGAUUCAGUAGGGUACAAGAUGCUGAGUUAAUGUUGAUGGCUGAUCCAGGUCUUUGUUUGAGCAUGCAUCAGCCAUAUGCAUCUCUCUUGUUACUUAACAUUAAAAGUCAUGAAGGGCGAACAUGGUUUACUUCACACCGUGGAAGACUUUGGAUUGCAUCAACUGCUAAAAAACCCAGUCUAGAGGAAAUAAAACAAAUUGAGACGUUUUAUAAACAUUUAAAAGGAGAUAUUGAAUUUCCGAAACGAUAUCCAACUGGAUGUUUGUUGGGCUGUGUGAAUGUAGUGGAUUGUUUGUCUCAAGAAGAGUACAUUUCAAAAUUUCCUCAAGGAGAAAAUGAAAGUCCUUUUAUAUUUAUAUGUAAAGAUCCAAUCAUGAUGGCAAAUCAUUUUCCAAUUAAAGGACAACAUAAAAUUUUUAAAUUAGAUGAGAAAAUUCUUAACGCGGCUCAAAAAUGUUUAAUGAAAGAAAUAAGUUGAAUGUGAUAUUGUUU